CUCUUGGCGAGUUCACCGUUCCCGAUGCUCGUUUUAGUCACGUGCACAUCGACACCGUCGGUCCGCUGCCGCCGUCGAGUGGAUUUAAGUACCUACUUACUUGCAUCGAUCGUUACACUCGUUGGCCCGUGGCAGUACCCAUCGCGGACAUUUCCGCAGAGACGGUAGCACGUAACUUUGUGGCUCAUUGGAUCGCACAUUAUGGUGUCCCAUCCACCAUAACAACGGAUCGCGGUGCGCAAUUUGAAUCAACCCUCUUUCGAGAUCUCACUAAUAUCCUCGGAGCUAAGCGAAUAAGAACAACUGCGUACCAUCCAACAGCGAACGGGUUAGUCGAACGUUUUCACCGCCACCUCAAAACAUCUUUGAUGGCAUGUUCUGACACUACCCGUUGGACAGAAAACUUACCGCUGGUUCUAUUAGGUCUACGAACGACGUUUAAAGCUGAUUUAGGUUGCUCUGCCGCGGAGCUGGUAUACGGUACCACGCUAAAGCUCCCGGCUGACCUCGUUCAACCCAUCGACUUCAACGCUCUAGAUCCCUCAAACUUUGUUCAUCGCUUACGUUCAUCCAUGCGUGAACUGCAUUUUACUGCCACACGAGCACAAACUAACAAGUGUUAUAUACCAAAAGAUCUGACAACUUGUUCACAUGUGUGGCUACGAAACGAUGCAGUCCGCAGGCCUCUACAACCACCGUACGAAGGGCCAUUUGAGGUGAUCGCUAGAACAGAAAAACAUCAUAUGAUCAACAGGAAUGGUAAAGUCGAUGUAGUUUCGGUAGACCGACUCAAGCCAGCGUAUAUAGAACAACCUUGUGAAAAACAAUCGACAGGUUCUAAAAACACCAUAUGUACGCAGGAGUCAUCAAAGCACUUUGAAAAUGAUCCUCAAUCAUCAACAUCUGAAGCUAAGCCAAAAGAGACUAGUACGCGGCAAACACGGUCAGGUAGAAAAGUUCAUUUUCCAGACCGUCUAGCGUAUUAGAUAUCUUGAGAAUAACAACUUGCCGUGCUGUCUAUCUUGUUAUACUACCUGCUGCCAGUUUCCUUUCCUGCUCGUUGCUUUCCAGUGUUUGCCAGGAGAGGAAAGAACAACUUUAGCGCGAAUAAGAAGAUUCUCAUGUCGACAAAAGGCAGAAGGAUUGCGUUGGACAACACUCGCAACUCAAACAUCCUUGUUGCACUAUUACAUUCGGCUCCCACAUUUUCAUUGUAUCUUCGCUAACAACUUAAUCUGCGUGCCUCCUGUGCCUCAGCCUCGGGCAUUUUAAGCGACACUGUAUCAGGUAGAGGUCAGUUUUCCCGGCAAUUCCCACCGGGUUUUUUACUCCUGGUCGCUUAUCACCGUGCGGCUACCGCACUGGUGGGGAGGUAUGUAGGAGCUUUAACUUAUUUUGCUAUUUUUAGCUUACUUCUCUUCGCACAGGGAAGAUACUAGCCACAAUCAUAUGACUCUAACCACAUCAUUCAAAAGCUAUUGAUGUGUAUACAAUCAAUGGACAACUU